AUGGGGCGACUUUGGCUAUUUCUAGCCACCAUCUUGCUCCUGUCUUCAAUGGCAUCCUCCACACCAGCUCAUCUGAGAUAUAGAAGAAGCAGCAGCAGCAGUAGCGAAGAGGAUGGCGGUGAUGGUGGUGAUGGAGGGGAUGGAGACUGCGGUGGUGAUGGAGGAGGAGAUUGUGGAGGAGACUGCGGUGGUGACGGAGGAGGAGGUUGUGGAGGAGACUGCGGUGGUGACGGAGGAGGAGGUUGUGGAGGAGACUGCGGUGGUGACGGAGGAGGAGACUGCGGUGGAGAUUGUGGUUGUGACGGCGGAGGGGAUGGCGGAGACGGUUGUGAUGCCGGUUGUGAUGGAGACGGAGGCGACGGCGGAUGCGAUGGUGGUUGCGAUGGUGGCGGUGAUGGCGGCGAUUGUGGUGGCGAUUGCGGUGGCGACGGUGAUGGUGGAAACGAUGGAGGUUGCAACGGGGGUAGCUGUGGAACGGAUGGUGGCUGCGACGGUGGCGGCGAUUGUGGAGAUGGGGGUGAUGGCGGAGACGGUGGAUGCGACGGUGGUUGUGACGGCGGUGAUGGUGGUGAUUGUGGUGAUGGCGGCGAUGGUGGAGACUGCGGCGAUGGUGACGGUGGAGGUUCGGGAUCGUCUUCAUCCAGCAGUGAAGAAGAUGGAGGGGAUGGUGGCGAUGGAGAUGGUGGUGAUGGUGACGGUGGAGAUGGUGGAGGCGGCGGUGGAGGUGACGGUGAUGGGGAUGGUGGCGGAGGAGGUGGUGAUGGUGGUGGCGAUGGUGGCGGAGGAGGUGGUGAUGGUGGUGGCGAUGUCGGUGGUGACGGUGGCGGUGGCGACGUCCAAAUCAUAUACAUUCCUGUUCCUGUGCCUGCGCCAUCGGAUGACGGUGAUGAUGGAGGUGGUGAUGAAGAUGAAGGUGGAGAUGGUGGUGAUGAUGAAGAUGAUGGAGGUGUUCUUGGUCCAAUCUGCUCCCCAUGCCCUACCUUCAUAUCACGUGACCAAGCUGUCUGUGGAUCCGAUGGGAUCACUUAUGAAAACUUGUGCCAGCUGAGGAAGUCCGCCUGUGAUUUUGGUAACAGUCACCUGAAACUUGUCGCAGAUGGCGCCUGCGCUAAAACAUAA